AUGGCGCGGAGCCGAACAGAGUUGAUGUGGAUGAGCGUGUGCGUGUGUGCCACGGGUCUGCUGCUGCUGAGCGCGCACACAGAGGAGGAGAAUCAACAGAAUGCAGUUUACAGAACAGAUGAGCAGUCAUGCUCUGGAAGUCUCAGUCCUCAGGGCUUUUACACAGGGUCCAUGUCAGUGACGGAGGCUGGCCUCUCCUGCCUCCGCUGGACAGACUUUUCUGAUUACAUGCAGCAGUACCCAGAAGGUGACCUGGGAGAACACACAUAUUGCAGAAAUCCUGAUGGAGAACCACGGCCUUGGUGCUUUUUCCAACAGAAGUCAGGCGCCAUAAGCUGGGCAUACUGCGACUGCAACUACGGAGCAGCCAGGCUUGUGGGAGGACCCACUAACAACAGUGGCCGUCUGGAGCUCUACCUCCAUGGCCAGUGGGGGGCAGUAUGUGAUACACACUGGACUGAUCGUGAGGCAAGUGUGGUCUGCAGACAGCUGAGGCUUGGUGAGUUUGGAAAGGCUCUAUCUCUAUCCUAUUUUGGUCUGAGUUCCACCAUUCACUAUGAGCGUGUGCACUGUCAUGGUAAUGAGAGAUCCCUGAUGGAGUGCCCGAAGCAGAAGUUUGUCUCAGGCGACUGUAGCCAUGGCCACUAUGCAAGGAUGACUUGCGCUGAGCCUGCAGACAGCCUCCCUGUGAGACUUGUGGGUGGUCUGGAACAUUUCUAUGGUCGUGUGGAGGUGUACUAUGAUGGGCUUUGGGGCACAGUCUGUGGUGAUGAGUGGGAUGACACUGAUGCUGAGGUUGUAUGCAGACAGCUUGGUAUUGGGGGUGUUGCAAAAGCAUGGCCAAGGGCCCAUUUUGGCCAGGGCUCUGGCCCAGUUUACCUUGCUGGUGUUCACUGCACUGGAAAUGAGCUGGCUCUAGAGUAUUGUCCACAAAGCAAGAUGGGUCUGCACAACUGUGAGCACUCCCAAGACGCGGGAGUGUCUUGUAACCCCUACACAGAUGGUGCUGUUCGUUUAGUGGGGGCAGAUGGACCAUGGGAAGGUCGUGUGGAGAUCUACUCGGGAGGAAAAUGGGGAACAGUCUGUGAUGAUAACUGGACAGAGCUAAAUACACAAGUGGUGUGUAGACAGCUGGGCUUCAGUUACCAGCUGGGCAGUGCACCAGAGGGAUCAUAUGAAGAGGGCCGUGGUCUGAUCCAGCUGGAUGAGGUGCAGUGUAAUGGCACAGAGCACAGUCUAUUGGCUUGCUCCCACUCUGCUUUGGGCCAGCAUGACUGCACUCACAGUGAAGACGUAGCAGUGCGUUGUCAAAGGUUCUUUGGUUCACAUAAGAGCCCACCUGUCACCCGCAAGUUCUCUUUGGCUGGCCCUGUGCUGCGACUUGUGGCUGGGGAGAGCCCAACUGAGGGCAGAGUGGAGGUGUUUAUGAAUGGCCAAUGGGGCACUGUAUGUGAUGAUGGAUGGGAUGACAUCAAUGCUGCUGUUGUGUGCAAACAGCUGGGAUUUCAGGGCACUGCUAAGGCUCGGUCCAUGGCAUACUUCGGACAAGGCCAGGGUCCGAUCCACUUGGAUAAUGUCCGAUGCUCCGGGCUGGAAUUGUCGCUGGACCAGUGUCAGUCUGAUCAAGGAGGGCACAACUGUCGUCACAGUGAGGAUGCAGGGGUCAUCUGCCAAUACACUCUGGAGCCAUUGCAAGACAGUAGUACAUCACUUAACAUGUGUGGUGUGAGUCUGAGCAAGAAACGCCGCUUUCCACGAAUCAUCGGGGGCUCCAAGGCCUUCAGGGGCGAAUGGCCAUGGCAGGUCUCCCUGUGGCUCAAGUCCCAGUCAAAAGGGAACCAUCCUCUGUGUGGAGCUUCUCUAAUCAACUCAUGCUGGGCCCUUUCUGCUGCCCACUGCUUCAAGAGGUUUGGCUCUGAUCCCAGUCGAUAUUUGUUACGCCUCGGUGACUAUCACACUCAGGAACAAGAUGACUUUGAACGCACGCUGAGGCCUGAGCGCAUCGUCAUCCACAGGAGGUACCAAAGCCAGGCCUGGGAUUAUGACAUUGCUCUGGUACGACUCAAAGGUGCUGAGGGCAGCUGCGUGGCUUUCAACCCUCACACGAGGGCUGUGUGCUUACCAGAGUCCAGCCGUAAGGAGGAGAAAAGGCCAGUCUCUUGUGUCAUUACCGGUUGGGGAUUCACAGACUCCGAGUACUCCCGGACUCUGAAGCAGGCCCAGGUUCCACGGCUUCCUUCUUGGAUGUGCAAGAAGAGGUAUGGGGCCCGCUUCACCAACCGGAUGAUGUGUGCGGGCAGCCUUUCUGAACAGCAGCGUGUGGACAGUUGUCAAGGGGAUAGCGGAGGGCCUCUGGUUUGCCAGGACGUGGGGGGCCGCUGGAUUCUUACUGGAGUCAUCUCUUGGGGCCAUGGCUGUGGGAAUCCUACCUAUCCUGGGUGUUGUGAGCUGAAGACCACCUUGAUGAGUGCACUAGUUUGUCAUGCAUGUCAUAUGGCCAAUGAGCUGCUGCCCUUCUCUGUUGCCAUGCGAGCUGUUGGCAUCUCCACACGCGCACAACACACGAGCGCGGUGGCUGUAACCGGAAGUGAUGAUCAGCUGAUUGAGGAGGGGGAAGGUUCUCUUCGCUGUGUGCGAAGCUUUGAGGACGGCGACAUACAGUGA